AUGUCAAACUUCGUAGCUCCAGAAAUUAAAAAAUUUGUCAUUUGGGACUACGUUGUUUUUGCAGGACUGUUUUUAGUAUGUGCUAGCAUUGGAGUCUUUUUUGCAAUUAAGGAGAGAAAAAAGAAAACUUCGCAGGAGUUUUUGGUGGGUGGUAAGCAGAUGUCAUGUGGACCAAUAGCCUUCUCCCUCACGUCCAGCUUCAUGUCAGCAGUGACAGUUCUGGGGACACCCUCCGAAGUUUAUCGCUACGGAGCAUCCUUUGUUCUGUUCUUCCUUUCAUACACAUUUGUCAUCAUUUUAACUUCUGAGAUUUUUCUACCUGUAUUUUACAGAUCUGACAUUACAAGCACUUACGAGUAUUUGGAGUUAAGAUUUAACAAGAAUGUCCGUCUUGCUGCAACACUGAUCUACAUCCUGCAGACGAUUCUUUACACAGGAAUAGUGGUUUAUGCUCCAUCACUGGCUCUCAACCAAGUCACUGGGUUUGAUCUCUGGGGCUCUGUAGUUGCAACAGGAAUUGUCUGCACUUUCUAUUGCACUAUGGGAGGAUUAAAAGCUGUUGUCUGGGCAGAUGCAUUUCAAAUGGUGAUCAUGGUGCUUGGCUUCAUAACUGUUUUGAUUCGAGGAACUAUUCUGAACGGUGGGUCAACCAGGAUCUGGGAAGAUGCCUACGAAGGAUCACGACUGAACAUAUUUGACUUUGAUGUGGAUCCUUUAAGACGACACACCUUCUGGACAAUUGUUAUUGGGGGAACAUUUACGUGGCUAGGACUCUAUGGAGUUAAUCAGUCCACAAUACAGAGAUGCAUUUCUUGCAAAACAGAGAAGCAUGCAAAGAUGGCACUUUACCUGAAUUUACUGGGACUUUGGAUAAUCCUGGUGUGUGCAGUAUUCUGUGGUUUGGUGAUGUACGCUCAUUACAAGAAUUGUGAUCCUUGGACUGCUGACUUCAUUUCAGCUCCUGAUCAGCUCAUGCCAUAUUUUGUUAUGGACAUUUUUUCUUCGAUGCCAGGAAUCCCAGGACUAUUUGUUGCCUGUGCGUUCAGCGGAACAUUAAGCACCGUGGCAGCUAGCAUCAAUGCUUUAGCAACUGUUACCUUUGAAGACUUGGUCAGGAAAUGUUUCCCAGGCCUGUCUGAGAAAACUAGCACGUGGACCAGCAAAGGCUUGUGUAUAUUAUACGGUGUUUUAUGCACAUCCAUGGCUGGAGCAGCAUCACUGAUGGGAGGAGUUGUGCAGGCUGCCCUCUCCAUUCACGGAAUAUUUGGAGGGCCCAUGCUGGGAUUAUUUACUCUGGGAAUAAUCUUUCCUUGUGUUAACUGGAAGGGUGCAAUCGGCGGCUUCCUCACUGGAAUCACCUUGGCUGCCUGGGUUGGCAUUGGCUCCUUCAUCUAUCCUGCACAGCCCGUAAAGACCAUUCCCUUGGAGCUGUCGACUCUCAACUGCACGCUGGCAAACAGCACUGCCCUGCCGACCACAGCAGCUCCCAUCAUGGCUGCCAACAGGCCUCUGCUGGCAGACACCUGGUACUCCCUGUCCUACCUCUACUUCAGUACCAUCGGCUGCCUGGGCUGCAUCAUCUCAGGGCUGCUCAUCAGCUUUGUAACAGGGCCUACCAAAGGAAAGGACAUCCGCCCAGUGCUAAUUAAGCCAGUCUGCAACUUGUUUUGCUUCUGGUCGGACAGGCUCAAGACACUGAUGUGGUGUGGUGUGCGGCACGACAGGCAGGACGAAGAUUUUGAAAAAAAUCUGCCCGAAGUUAUCGCAGAUACAGCUGGAACAGAAGACACCCUCAAGAACAAUGUCAGCAAAGAAAACACAAGCCAGUUGCCUGGUUACAAUCCUGAGGAAAAAUCCUAUACAAAUAUGAGCAAAGAAUCUCGUCUCUAGAAGCUGAGGAAUGGGAUGUUCAAUCAAACUUUACUCCAUCUUCAGAAAUGAAGAGCUCUUUGUAUCACAUUUACCACCUUCUAGAUGACCAAGAAAGAACUGCUCUCUAUGGCAAUAAAGGCAGGAUUUUUAUUUAUGAAUUUCAUGACAGAACUGGGAAAUUGUAACACAAUGUUCUUUGUGGAAGCUCUGCUAUUUCAGAAGAAAUGUUUCAUGAAUCUUGUCAUGGAAACUACUAGGAAGUAGCUGCAAUACGUCUAUACAUCAUUCUCUGUUCAGUAACUAGUCACUGAAUGGUAAAGUGCAAAGGUGAACUUGAGAUAAAACAAGACUUCAGAUAAGCUUCCGGGGUCUCUCACUAAGGUGAGACUGUGAACUGCCCUCUGAUGGAGGUCAUGCACUCUCCACUGCAGACAGAGGGAGGCCAAGGGAGAGGAGGAGGUCUGUGCCCAUUCUUAGGCAUCACAGAAAGCCUCUGCACAGAAACACUGUAUAGACCAGACUGGUCUUCUAUUGACUGAGUUUGUUGUGCUUGCUUCCUCUGUGGAAAUAAGAAGUCUUUGUAAUGUCUUAUUCCAAGCAAUAGGAGAGGGUAACAAAUUUUACAAAAAUUCAGGAUAGUUCUUUAUCCAUAAUUAGUCUUUGAAAGACAUCCUUUUAGCUUGAAAAGAUUAUCUUCAGCCUUUUUGUUUGGUUGAAUGUUUGUAUAUCUUUUUGUUUGUUUUUGUUUUUAAGCUGCAAAAUCCAUUUACUAGCUGUAAGCAAUA